CUAGGUUUUGGCUUUUGCCAAGCGCAGAACAAUUAUUAAAGAUGGCGGGAAAUCUGACGUACUCUGCACACUUUCUUCCCCAAUGUCAACACAUACCCGCCAUUCUAUUCGUCUAAUUUCAAAACCAAAUUGGGCACAUCUUUUCUCGUUAGGGUUUCCAAUUUUCUGAAUUCUUAACCCCCAAUAUGAACCCCUACCCACUGGGGUUUAUGUUCUUGAGGUAACCCUAAACCCUCCAAAAUCCAAUUAAAGGUAUUGAUAGAUUCAAUUUCCCCGCCAAUUACGGCUUCCUAUCAGCGGCCGCAAUGGGAAACAAGGCCACGGAGGAUAUCGUUUCAACGGUCCGGUCGAUUGUCGGCGGCGAGUACUCCGACAUGGACAUAAUUCGAGCUCUCCACAUGGCGAAGAAUGACCCAACUGCCGCAAUCAAUAUCAUAUUCGACACUCCGAGAAGCUUCCAGAAGCAUGAUUUCCCUAAGAAGUCCGAACCCGCCGGUAGCAAUCCGAACACAGAGCCUCCGACCGUUGAUUCUUCGGCGGAGAACAAUUACAGUAAUCGAAUUGCGAGUUCUGAUUCUGUUUUGAGAUCAAAGGGGAGCUCAAACACUAGUAUUGGAAGAAACCAGGGUGAAGGGAAUUGUAACGCUGAUAGUGAAGUGGAGAAAGAAAUGGGGAGCGAGUGGUGGUUUGUGGGGAAUCGUGAGGUGGCAGGUUUAUCCACUUGUAAAGGGAGGAUUUUAAAGCCCGGUGAUGAAGUGAAUUUCACUUUCCCUGUUGAGAAGAAAAUGACAGCACCCUCACCUGGGAAGUUAGGGGGUGGGCGAGGCCGGCAUGUGGCUGCAUGCUCUGAGAUUGUGAGGUUUUCUACCAGCUCUUCCGGAGAGAUUGGCCGUAUUCCAAAUGAAUGGGCUCGGUGCCUCUUACCUCUUGUGAGGGAUAAAAAGGUUUGUCUUCAGGGAUAUUGUAAAUCUGCUCCUCCUGUGCUGGGGAUAAUGGAUACUAUUGUUUUAGAUAUCAGGAUAUAUAUAAAUAGUUCCAUGUUCCGAAAAAGCCAACAAACUUCACUUAAAGCAACCAGUAGUUCAGCAGACGAGUCGAUUGUUCAACCCCUUCCAUCCCUGUUCAAAUUGCUGGGAUUUGUUCCAUUUACGAAGGCACAAUUUACUCCAGGGGAUCUGUACACAAGGAAGAGGCCUUUGAAUGCUGAGGAUAGCUGUCUUCCACCUCCAUCAGUUCUACAUUUAAAUAAGUUCAAGGCCACAUCUUCUGUGGAUGGAAAAGAUGCUGAACCUGAGGAGACAGUCUCUGAAAGUGACCUUAACAAUAUUGUUGGUGUUUCCGACAGCUCAGAGUUAGAGGAACUGGAACCUCCUGGUACUAUGCUGUGUGAACUUCGUCCUUACCAAAAGCAGGCUCUUAAUUGGAUGAUUAAGCUGGAGAGAGGACACUGUGCGGAUGACGCUGGAGCAACUCUGCACCCAUGUUGGGAUGCUUACCGCCUCGCUGACAGGAGGGAAUUGGUUUUGUACGUAAAUACCUUUUCAGGUGAUGCAACGACUGAAUUCCCGAGCACUCUUCAAAUGGCUAGAGGAGGAAUUUUGGCAGAUUCUAUGGGACUUGGGAAGACUAUCAUGACUAUAUCUCUCCUUCUCACGCAUUCCGGAAGAGGUGGAUCAUUGAGUAGUGCCUCUACCAGCCAGUCUUCCACUGAUAACGGCGGAGCGAGCUCUACUUCAGAUAACUCUCCGAAACCUCCAAAGAAAGCAUCUAAGUUCACUGGUUUUGAGAAGCUUAUGAAACAAAAAGCUGCACUUGUUGGUGGUGGCAAUCUCAUUAUAUGCCCAAUGACACUUAUAGGCCAGUGGAAGACAGAGAUUGAAACUCAUGCUCAACCUGGCAAUUUGUCAGUUUAUGUUCAUUAUGGACAAAGUAGAUCAAAGGAUGCCAAGUUUCUUGCGCAAAGUAAUGUUGUACUAACUACGUAUGGAGUGCUAGCUUCAGAAUUUUCAACAGAGAAUGCAGAGGACAAUGGGGGAUUAUAUUCAGUUAGAUGGUUUAGAGUGGUUCUUGAUGAGGCACAUACCAUAAAAUCAUCCAAAAGCCAAGUUUCUAUGGCGGCAGCAGCUCUUGCUGCUGACCGUCGAUGGUGCCUUACUGGUACACCUAUCCAGAACAACCUGGAUGAUGUAUACAGUCUUCUUCGAUUUUUGAAGAUUGAACCAUGGGGAAGCUGGGCCUGGUGGAAUAAGCUAGUCCAGAAGCCCUUUGAAGAGGGUGAUGAGAGGGGGUUAAAGUUGGUCCAAUCUAUCUUAAAGCCAAUCAUGUUGAGAAGAACCAAGUCUAGCACUGAUCGAGAAGGCAGGCCAAUUUUAGUUCUGCCACCUGCAGAUAUGCAAGUGAUAUAUUGCAAUCUUACAGAAGCUGAGAACGACUUUUACGAAGCAUUAUUCAAAAAAUCAAAGGUGAAGUUCGAUCAAUUUGUAGAGCAAGGCCGGGUUCUUCACAACUAUGCUUCAAUCUUGGAACUGCUAUUACGUCUUCGUCAAUGUUGUGAUCACCCAUUUCUUGUUAUGAGUCGAGGCGAUACCCAAGAAUAUUCCGAUUUGAACAAACUUGCAAGACGUUUCCUCAAAGGUGGUCUGGACAAUGUGGACGGGCAAAUUACAGAAGCGCCAUCACGAGCUUAUAUUCAAGAAGUUGUGGAUGAGUUACGCAAAGGCGAACAAGGAGAAUGCCCGAUAUGCCUCGAAGCUUUUGAAGAUGCAGUAUUGACACCUUGCGCCCAUCGACUAUGCAGAGAGUGUCUUUUGGCAAGCUGGAGAAGCUCUGCAAGUGGCCUUUGUCCUGUUUGUAGGAAGACCAUUACCAAGCAGGAGCUUAUUACAGCCCCGACUGAUAGUCGGUUCCAGGUUGAUGUUGAGAAAAACUGGGUGGAAUCUUCGAAGGUUUCUGCUCUUAUGCGUGAACUAGGAUCUUUACAUGCAGGGGGCUCAAAAAGUAUUGUCUUUAGUCAAUGGACUGCCUUUUUGGAUCUAUUGCAGAUUCCUCUUUCUCGGAGUCAAAUCCAGUUUCUUCGUCUGGACGGGACUUUGAACCUGCAACAGCGUGAGAGAGUAAUAAAGCAAUUUUCAGAGGAAGAUAACAUCAAGGUGUUGCUCAUGUCACUGAAGGCUGGUGGAGUCGGAAUAAAUCUCACAGCAGCAUGCAAUGCUUUUGUCAUGGACCCGUGGUGGAAUCCAGCAGUCGAGGAACAAGCAGUCAUGCGCAUUCAUCGUAUAGGACAAACUAAAAAGGUGACGAUCAAACGGUUUAUUGUUAAGGGUACAGUUGAGGAAAGAAUGGAAGCCGUUCAAGCUAGGAAGCAACGAAUGAUAUCUGGUGCUCUAACAGACCAAGAAGUUCGAAGUGCACGACUAGAAGAACUUAAAAUGCUCUUUACUUAGACUCGUUUCCCACACACGGUGCGCCCUACUCAUCAUCUCGGUUUUUCUUUAGUUAAGACGUAUUAUUAUUAAUAUUAUUAUUAUUAUCGGAAAUUCGUCUAUGGAUUCGUGCUCUAUUAUCAGAAGACCUUUGGGAUUUUCUGAAAGCUUCUGAGAAGUUAAAGCAUGUAGAAACCAUCAUUUUGAUCUCAGGUGCUACCAAUUAAACUGAAGAUCCAACUCCAAUGAUUAACCGUGCAGCUUAAAAGUUAAAAGUUGCAUUUGAACUUUUUUUUUUUUUUUUAAGUUUGUAUUUAUUUAUUUGAUUACAUGUAACAUUUUUUUUUGUAAUUAUUAAUUAUAUUAUAGUCACACUGGAGAAAUUUCCAUUACUCCUGUUAUAUCUCAUUAUGAACAUAUACAAUCUCUCAAUGUACUUGACAUACAAAUCGAAUUCGAAGAUUCGAAAGCGAUAAUUUUCAAUUUUCCUGAUUCGAUAA